UAAGAAUUGGCGAUGGAGAAGAAGAGUUAUAAAAAAAGGUACGGUUGGACCCAAGCAGCAGAAAAUGCACUUUUGGAGGUUUGGGAGUGCAAUAUGGAAGGCUUUCGUGGUGCACGCAAGAACGGACAUGUGCAUAAAGAAAUCAGCGAUGCAUUAAAUCAACUCGGGUUUAUGCACAACCCCAAAGAAGUGCAAACGAAAAUAAAUAACAUGACCUCAAAAUUCAGAAAGGAAAAUUGCAAAAUUGGCCCUUCUGGUGGUUCACCCUCUAGAUGGGUCUAUUAUGAACGGGUGAAAAAAAUAAUAGGUGGCUUCAAAAGUGAAAACAUCAAACAACUUCAAAUAGAAAGUAUUGAUGGUAAAUAA